CCACCAUGUUCAAACCCGUGGCGCUGCUCGCCCUUGCCGCCUCCGCCUAUGGCUACGUGUACUUGGCCUUCCACUCGGACGCUGUCAAGACGACGACGUCUCCGCAUGUUGCCGCCCUCUCCACCGACCGCAAUGCUGUUGAUAAUAACAUAUCCUAA